AUGCGUCGGAUCGCGGGGAUGGGUCACUGGUUCACCGAGGCCGUUGGUGGAGCCAAUAUCUGGGAGAGGCGCGAGGACAAGCAUGUCGCCCAACAACACCUGGCCAGUUCCCUCCAGUCUCACCUGAAUGCUGAUCAACGUGUCGCCUUCGAUACAAUGAUGGAAUGUGUCGCCUUCACCACAAUGCUAGCUGCAAUGGACGGUAACUCUGACAAGGCGUCCUUCUAUCUUCAUGGCGCGGGCGGCACAGGCAAGACCUUCCUUUAUCGCGCGUUGUCUGCUCAUCUUCAAGGCAAAGUGUCAAGAGUGUCGUAG